GCCCGAUAUUUCCUUUUCUGUAUUAGUGAUUGCCAUCGGGAACACGGUCGAUCUGUCAUCCUUUGCCAUGAUAUAAAAGGAGCGCAUUGCAGUUGCAAAUUCCAUCAUCAACAACCAACCAAACACCCCUUCCUUUCCUUUCCCUUCUCUUUCAUUUCAAUUUCCUGUCAUGAAACUGUCUAGCACCAAAUUCAUUGGAGUAGCUGGUUCUAUUCUCCUUGCCCUUUCCGGAGCCCAAGCUGCCUUCCCUGAUGGUCACAACGUAGUCUCUUACUGGGGUCAGAAUUCUGCUGGUGGCGGCAGUACGCAAGACCAGUUGGCAUCCUACUGUGAUGAUUCAUCCGACGUUCUGAUCAUGUCCUUUUUGACCGAUUACAACGUCGGCUCUCUUCCUUCGCUGAAUCUUGCCAAUGCCUGUGUCGGAACGAACUUCCCUGGUACCAAUCUGCUCAAGUGCGAUAAAGUUGGUGAAGAUAUCAAAAAAUGCCAGAAGAAGGGCAAGAAGGUCCUUUUGUCGCUUGGAGGUGCCUCUGGCGCUUACGGUUUCAAGUCCGAUGCCGAAGGCAAGACCUUUGCAAAGACGUUGUGGGACAUCUUUGGUGGAGGUGACAGCGAUACGCGUCCUUUCGGUGACGCUGUUGUCGAUGGUUUCGAUCUCGAUAUUGAAGGCGGCGGUGGCACUGGUUACGUCGCUUUGAUCAAGGAGCUUCGCAGCUUAUUUGCCAAAGAUUCUUCCAAGGAUUACUAUAUUACUGCGGCCCCUCAAUGUCCCUUCCCCGAUGCAAUGCUCGGUACGGUGAUUGAUGAAGCAGGCGUCGAUGCUGUCAAUGUUCAAUUCUACAACAACUACUGCUCAACUGCCAGUUCCAGCUUUAACUUUGACACCUGGGAUAACUGGGCAAAGACCAAGUCUCCCAAUAAGGACGUCAAGGUGUUCAUUGGUAUUCCCGGUUCGUCCAGCGCUGCUGGUAGCGGUUAUGUCGCCUUUGAGCAACUCAAGGACAUUGUCAAGUCGGUUGCCUCGACUUAUUCCAGCUAUGGCGGCGUCAGUAUUUGGGACGCUUCUCAAUCCUACGGCAAUACCGAAGUUUCACCCAACUACGCUGCGGCCGUUGCCAAACUCGUCAAAGAAGGAUCUUCAAGCUCUGGAUCGGAUGAAGACAGUGGCAGCAAUGACAAUGACAAUGACAGCAGUGACAAUGACAGCAACGAUGACGACUCUACCUCAAGCUCGUCCAGCAAGCCAACCCCCACUACGGAUUCUCCCCAUAAUGCUGUGGUCACAUCAAAGAGCCUCACUGCUACAUCCACCAAGGCAUCCCAAUCUUCUCAGCCGACAUCUUCUGCUGGCGAUGAUAAAGACGAUAGCAACGAUGGCAGCGACAGCAACGACAACGACAACGCCAACGCCAACGCCAACGACAGUGACAGUGACAACGACAACAGCGAUCCCUCUUGCGUCAAGGACGGUGAUUCCUGCUCCAACGAAGGACAGUACGUCUGUACUGGCAAGCAAUUUGCUGUGUGCAACCAUGGUGAAUGGAUGGUUCAAUCAUGCCGCUCUGGUCAGGUCUGCUUCAGUACCACGGACAAGACUUCCAUUUAUUGCGCUCCUGGAACCGGAGCUUCCGAUACCUGCUCGGCCAAAUCUCCCAAGAAAGCUGGCUUGACUACGCUGGCCAAGCCCGAGGGUGCUGUGGCUCGUCCUUUCAAGUCUUCCCGCGUUACUUCCGGUCUUUCGGUUACCAAGUCGGACGAAAAGAGUUUCGAAGCUUUGAUCAACGCUCGCAAGAUGGACAUCAAGCCUUUCAAGGGUAGCGUAAUGGUUCAGUUCACCGCUCCUCCCAAUAUCAAGGUCACCCAUGCUGAGAACGGCAAGGUCAAGCAAAACGGUCAGAACGUCAAGAUUCAGCUCAAGAACCCCAAGAAGAAGAGCAUGUCCCUCGUUUUCUCCAUCAAGGGUUCCGUUCAUGAUGGCGUAUUCACUGCUCCCGAUGCUAAGAGCAUGAAGUUUGGUGCUUAGAUUUUUUUUCUUCUUCUUCCGUCUGGCACGGCUCAAUAAAAACAAUUAUUGUGGAGAAAAGCUUCUUCACAUCUUUCAUUUAUCCUUU